GAUUUAUUCCUUCCACUCCGCUGACCGCACUCCCGAAUCCUACUCUCCCAUCCCCUCUCCUCGUUGGCGAAGGUCCGCCCUUUCUCCCACUCCGGCGAUCCGAUCGCAGUCUCGGAGCUCCGAUAUCCGCCACCGGCGCUCCGAUCACCUCCUGUACGCUCCAACGCCUUCUCCCCUCUCCCUGCCAUAUCUCGAGAUUCCCCGUCUCUUCUCCUCCCCAGAAACCCUAACCCCAACCCUAACCGGCGAGAUCCCUUCUGCUUCCUUCCCUCGGCCUUGUCUGUUUUGCCAACACCUUCCAAAGUCCCUUCUGAUCUUACGUGCCUUGUACUAUUUUUGGAUUUGUACAAAGUUUGACCUUCCAUUAUGAAUGACGCAUGUGAACGAAGAUUCGAUGGUUGCUGGAAGAGGCUUUAACCUGUUUCUGAGGAAGAGAUUACAAUUCCAAUCAUCGGCUCCACCUCUGCUUUCAUCAUUUCGGUUGCAGCAAGAAGAUGCUAUUGAGUCCGCUGGCAUGAAGUCACUAAGGGCAUUAGCGGUACUUGGAGUUGGUGUUUCUGGCAUUUUAAGCUUUGCUACCAUAGCAUCUGCUGAUGAAGCAGAGCAUGGCCUUCCUUCCCCCAGCUAUCCUUGGCCUCACAAAGGAAUUCUUAGUUCCUAUGAUCAUGCGUCAAUCCGGCGUGGUCACCAAGUUUACCAACAAGUUUGUGCUUCUUGUCAUUCAAUGUCUCUGAUUUCAUAUCGAGAUCUUGUCGGUGUGGCUUACACUGAAGAAGAGACAAAGGCUAUGGCUGCUGAAAUUGAGGUGGUUGAUGGUCCUAACGAUGAAGGCGAGAUGUUUACUCGUCCUGGUAAACUAAGUGAUCGCUUUCCCCAGCCAUAUCCAAAUGAACAAGCAGCUAGGUUUGCAAAUGGUGGGGCAUAUCCACCAGACCUAAGCCUGAUCACCAAGGCACGACACAAUGGGCAGAACUAUGUGUUUGCCCUUCUCACUGGCUACCGCGACCCUCCUGCUGGUGUUUCGAUUCGAGAGGGGUUAAAUUAUAACCCAUACUUUCCUGGUGGUGCAAUAGCUAUGCCCCAAAUGCUUAUAGAUGGAGCAAUCGAAUAUGAAGAUGGCACACCUGCAACUGAAGCCCAGAUGGGUAAGGAUGUCGUCACAUUUUUAUCAUGGGCAGCAGAGCCUGAGAUGGAAGAGAGGAAACUGAUGGGAUUCAAAUGGAUUUUUCUGCUGUCACUUGCUCUACUCCAAGCUGCUUACUACCGGCGCUUGAGGUGGUCUGUUCUCAAGUCACGCAAACUGGUCCUCGAUGUUGUCAACUGAGCUCGUUGGGCUUUGUUAAGACUAUCAUGUUUUUUCUAGGAGAAAUGACAAUAAUCGGUUUGGGUGAUGUACAAUUGCCAUUGGGAUGGGAUAUCCCAUCAUAAGCAAUUCUCUCUCCUUUUGUUUUACUCGUUUUAUUCAAUUUGGGAGAAAUAAACAUACAGAGCACUUGAUAUCUUAUUUCUUUUGAACUUUACAAUUUUGACUUUGUCAAGGCUAGUCAGAACCUUCAACUGAAGAUUUGAAAUUUUGACAAAAUUUUAUUGUCA